AUGGCGCGUCCCUGGGGGAUUUCCCGGCCGUUGCACGGUUGCAUUUUAGCAGCUCUGAUGGUGGCGGCGCUCUGUUUAAGCCCCGAGGCUGCCGGGGCGCCUUCCGCCUCCGUGGGCGCCGAAGCUCGGUGCGAAGUGUGUCAAGAUUUCUUGGAAAGAUUUUACAGUUCUUUGAAAGAAAAACAUUCUGAUUUCUCCACGGCUUCUAUAGAGGAGGAAUUAAUUAAGACUUGCAUGAAUACAAAAGGCAAAGAAAACCGCUUGUGCUAUUAUCUUGGGGCUACAGAGGAUGCAGCUACCAAGAUCCUCACUGAAGUCAGUCGUCCGAUGAGCGUUCACAUCCCUGUGGCAAAAAUCUGUGAGAAACUGAAGAAAGGAGAUAUUCAGAUUUGUGAACUCAAAUACGAAAGACAACUUGAUUUAACUUCGGUAGAUCUAUCCAAGAUGAGAGCGGCUGAGCUGAAGAAGAUCCUGGAUAGCUGGGGAGAAGUUUGCAGAGCUUGUGUUGAAAAAAGGGAGUUUGUGAACCUGAUAAAGGAGCUUGCUCCCAAACAUACAGCCCCCACUGCUAAAGCUGACCUUUGAUGGAUGCUACUUACCAUGAGCCCAUGAAUGCUUUCCACACAGCUUUAGGCAUGACAUCAUGACUGGAUUUCAUUCACCAGGACCCUUCUGAAGAAACUUAAGAAAUUGCUACUAGAACUCCAUGGAUCGCAAGGAUUUUUGCAGUGAACAAAAUUCAGUAGAUGGACAUAAUCAGUGACUGGGUGAAGAAAGAUUUCUCAAUCGUAAAAGCACAGGAAAACCUAAUGGAAUAUUUUGCAAUUUGAUUAUCAGACCCAGACUUGAACAGCAGUAGAAAACUUGCUCAAAAU